AUGAACCAAGUCAGGUCAAUUCAGAAUCUGAGUCUUCGAGAGCUUGAAAAUGGUGUCCUCUCACCAAAAGCAUCUUGGCACCAUGAAUACAGGGAUCAGGCUUAUGUAUAUAUCGGGGGGCUGAAUAAAGAGCUCACUGAGGGGGACGUCUUGACGGUAUUUUCUCAAUAUGGCGUUCCAGUGGAUAUAAACCUGGUCAGAGAUCGAGAAACAGGGGAAUCGAAAGGCUUUUGUUACCUCAAGUUCGAGGAUCAGCGAUCUUCAAUUCUUGCUGUGGACAAUCUCAAUGGGGCUGUCGUAGCAGGCCGUGCUAUCAAAGUAGACCAUACAGUAUAUAAACCGAGAGGCGAAAAUUGGGAAUAUAGGCAGGCGGUAAGGGACGAGCUCGAAAGAGAUUUUGAGUAG